UUCUUGGUCUAUCAAUCCUUUUCCUCUUUCAAUUCGCAAACAUGCAUCCCUUUGUGCUCACAACGUUAAUCUUUUCAUUUUGUAGUGUGUUGUCGGUUGAUGCUAGCAAAACCCUAAUGGGUUUUAGCAUUGAUCUCAUCCCACGCCACUCUCCCAUGUCCCCUUUGUACAACUCCGAAAUGACUCAAACCGAGCUAGUGAAAAGUGCUGCAAUGCGAUCAAUUGCUCGAUCCAAACUACUUGACUUCAUAGGUCAAAAUGAAUCAUCAUCACCCUUACCAUCACCACCAUCACCAUCUUUACCUUCACCACCUUCGUCCUCCUCCUCAUCUUCGUCUGCUGAAAGUGCCAUAACUCCGGUUCCUGACCAUGGUGAAUACCUCAUGAGAUUCUCCUUAGGCACCCCACAAGUUGAAAGGCUUGCAAUUUUUGACACAGGGAGUGAUCUCUCUUGGGUGCAAUGUUCCCCUUGUGAAACAUGUUACCCGCAAGAUGCGCCUUUGUAUGAUCCAACUCAAUCUUCCACGUACAUGGAAGUUGCAUGCGAUUCACAAGCAUGCACACUGAUCCCCCAAAACAAACGUGAUUGUGGGAACUCUAGGCAAUGCAUUUACCUUCAACAAUAUGGUGGGAGUUCAAUCACCAUUGGGAGACUGGGCUCUGACACUGUUAAUUUUGGGUCAACUACGGGCCAAGCUGCAACCUUUCCCGAAUCCGUUUUUGGAUGUGCCUUUUACAGCAAUUUCACCUUUGAAAUAAGCAGCAAGGCCAAUGGCAUUGUGGGCCUUGGCCCAGGCCCAUUAUCACUUGCCUCACAACUUGGUGAGCAAACUGGCCACAAAUUUUCCUAUUGCAUGGUUCCCUUUAGUUCAACCUCAAGUGGGAAAUUGAAAUUUGGGAGCUAUCCAAGUCAAUCACCAACGAAUGGAGUUGUGUCCACUCCCUUCGUAAUCAACCCUUCUUUGCCCUCUUAUUAUCUCCUCAACCUAGAGGGUAUAACUGUUGGUCAAAAAAAGGUGUUGACUGGUCAAUCUGGUGGCAACAUAAUCAUAGAUUCAGUGCCAAUACUGACACAUCUUGAACAGAGAAUCUAUGUUGAUUUCAUAAGUUCUGUUAAGGAAGCAUUUAAUGUGGAGGCUGCUGAAGAUGCUCCAAACCCAUUUGAGUUUUGUGUCAGAAACCCUUCUAGCAUGAAUUUCCCUGAAUUUGUCUUUCAUUUCACUGGGGCUGAUGUUGUGCUAAACCCUAACAACAUGUUCAUUGCCUUGGACAACAACUUGAUUUGCAUGACAGUGGUACCCACCACUGGUAUUUCUAUCUUUGGAAAUUGGGCACAGAUUAAUUUUGAAGUGGAGUAUGACCUUGCGGCGAGAAAAGUUUCUUUUGCUCCUACCAAUUGCAGCAUCUAUUAACUGCCUUAGUUAUCCUUCCAGACCUUACAUUGUUUUCUUAAUCUAGGUUGCAUUUCGAUAAGAAAUAGGUUGUGUUCUUUGUUUUAGUCUUUUACUUAACUAUGUAGGAACUGCCCUUUGAGAUGUACGGUGAUAUUCGAUGCCUCUACUUAUAAUCUGAAUUGAAU